ACAAAAAAACGGAACAGACGUAACAAAAAUUGUUGUAACUUCAGCGGCAGAUGACGCGCGGACGCCCGCAGAAAAGUCAAAUGCAAUAACACCAGCAUUUUGUAUCGAAUAAAACCGUUAGAAAAUCGCGUAGUGCAUUCGCCGUCAAUGUCAACUGUGGUAAUUGAGUGAAGGACAAAAUAACAACAAGAAAAACACAUAAAAAGGAAAACCAAAUCAACCCCCAACGGAGAAGCAUAGCCAAAAAGAAAAGGAGGCAGAGGCAAAAUAGAAACACAGAGUUGAGAAUGAAAUCCAAAUUGAAACCGUUGUAAAUAGUGUUUAGCGCCUAAAUGAAAAUUUGUCAAAAGAGAAGUCGUAGAAACGUAAAACAUCUCUUUCAACAUAAAUAAAUAAAUAUAUAAUAUAUUUUGUACCACAAAUCAAUUUGGACUCCGAAAAUAAUUGGAUUUCUAAACAUAUAUACGAUAUAUAUAUAUUUUAUUAAGUUUCCUUUGAUUUUUUUCUGUUUUGGGAGUUGAUUUAAUUACACUAAUCGACACAUACACUCCAGAAAAUCUACCCAUUCCGCAUCCAAAAGAAAAAAUUAGGAAAGUAAUCAAAUAAUAUUUAUAAUAAAUAUUAUUAGAAAGAAAGAUCAACCAAAAUGUUUAGUCCGGAAUAUGAGAAACGCAUACUGAAGCAUUACAGUCCAGUGGCUAGAAAUUUAUUUGAUAAUUUGGAAUCAUCAACGACACCAACAUCAUUGGAUCGCUUUAUACCAUGCAGGGCCAACAACAAUUGGCAAACGAAUUUCGCAUCCAUUAACAAGUCAAAUGAUAAUUCACCACAGACGAGUAAAAAGCAAAGAGAUUGCGGCGAAACGGCACGCGAUAGUUUGGCCUAUUCGUGUCUAUUAAAGAAUGAGCUCCUUGGAUCGGCCAUUGAUGAUGUGAAGACAGCCGGCGAGGAGCGUAAUGAGAAUGCCUAUACACCGGCAGCCAAGCGGAGUCUAUUCAAAUAUCAAUCACCCACCAAACAGGAUUACAAUGGCGAGUGUCCAUACUCAUUGUCACCGGUUAGCGCUAAAAGUCAAAAACUAUUGCGUUCACCCAGAAAGGCAACGAGGAAAAUAUCAAGAAUACCAUUCAAAGUACUCGAUGCUCCAGAAUUGCAGGAUGAUUUCUAUUUGAAUUUGGUCGAUUGGUCAUCACAAAAUGUUUUGGCUGUGGGCCUGGGCAGUUGUGUUUAUUUAUGGAGCGCCUGUACUAGUCAGGUUACACGUCUGUGUGAUCUCAGUCCGGAUGCGAAUACAGUGACCUCGGUAUCCUGGAAUGAGCGUGGCAAUACAGUGGCCGUUGGUACACAUCAUGGCUAUGUUACAGUCUGGGAUGUGGCCGCCAAUAAGCAGAUCAAUAAACUUAAUGGUCAUUCGGCACGGGUUGGGGCUCUUGCCUGGAAUAAUGAUAUCUUGUCGAGUGGUUCCAGAGAUCGUUGGAUCAUACAGCGGGAUACACGUACACCGCAAUUGCAAUCGGAACGUCGCCUGGCUGGCCAUCGGCAGGAAGUAUGCGGUUUGAAAUGGUCACCAGAUAAUCAGUACCUGGCCAGCGGUGGUAAUGACAAUCGUCUUUACGUUUGGAAUCAGCAUUCAGUGAAUCCCGUGCAAUCAUAUACCGAACAUAUGGCCGCUGUGAAGGCCAUUGCUUGGUCACCGCAUCAUCAUGGCCUACUGGCCAGUGGCGGCGGUACCGCCGAUCGUUGUAUACGCUUUUGGAAUACGCUGACGGGUCAGCCCAUGCAGUGCGUGGAUACCGGUUCGCAGGUCUGCAAUUUGGCCUGGUCCAAGCAUUCGUCGGAGCUGGUCUCCACGCAUGGCUACUCGCAGAAUCAGAUACUUGUAUGGAAAUAUCCAUCGUUGACGCAAGUGGCCAAACUGACCGGUCAUUCGUAUCGUGUACUCUAUUUGGCCCUCAGUCCCGAUGGUGAGGCAAUUGUCACCGGUGCUGGCGAUGAGACGCUGCGCUUUUGGAAUGUAUUUAGUAAGGCGCGCAGCCAAAAGGAGAACAAGUCUGUCCUUAAUUUGUUCGCCAACAUCAGGUAGAGGGGCCCCACCUAAUUAUGUUUAAGACUGAGCGAGACGCCAAAGGCAAACAAUUUGGAAAACCCUAACAAACUAAAAAUUAACAAACCAGAGAAAGCUAUCAACCAACAAAUGAACCAAUUAACCAACUAACUGGACUCAAAAGAAAGAAAAAACGCAAUAUCAAUCUCACUACACCCACACCAGACAUCACCUCAACGCGACUCCCUCGUGUAUGUCUAUGAUGUUUGAAACGCAUAAAAAAACAAAAGAAAAACACAUCUAAAUUUAUGUUUAUAACAUUAUUGUGAAAUGUUCUUCAAAUUCUUUGCAAUCCUUUAAUCAUCCCCUCUCUAUAGGAACUAAAAAUUAUAGUUUAAUAUAGUUUAAAAUGUGUGGAACAAAGAAAAAAAAAAAAGAAAAAGAAAAUCCCCCCAUUAAAAAAAAAUGUUCGCCUAAUCAUCUCAAUUUAUUUGGUCUCCCGCUUGUAACUUCAGUUAGUAUUUAGUUUAGUCGUAAGCCAACAAAAAGGCAAACAUAUAUUAUGAAUGUUUUCCAAAAUUUAUUUAGGGAAAUUAUAUGUAAUUAUAUAUAAAUAUAUACCACAAGCCAAUUGCCUAAUAAAACAAACAUUUAAUAUUAACCCAAAA